CUUUGCGCGCUCGGCCUGGCGCAGUCAGGGAACGAUCGUGCUGGGCUCCAUUACUGUGCUUUCGAGGGCUCCGCAACUCCAACUCAAGCUCCAUCCGCUGACCGUCGUAAUUACAUAGCUGCAAGAGCCGGAUUGCUUAACGUUAAGCUAACAACAACGUUUGCCAAGUGAAAUCAAAUCAAACAUCAGAUUCACAAACGACAGGGUUGUUUGUAAAAAAAAAAAACAAUAUCUACGCCUUUUUUUUUUCUUGUUUCUUUGUGUGUGCUUUCUUCCUCUUCGUUCGACAAAGCCAACGGGAUCGCGGGACACGAUGACAACGAAAAAGGAAGACCACACCGCCCUGGAUCUCAUCAUCAAGUCACUCAAGUCCCCGACCAUGGUCUGCGAGGGCACCCAUUUCGAUGGCAAGAUACCGCACACGUUCGUGAUCUUUGGGGCGUCCGGUGAUUUGGCCAAGAAGAAGAUCUACCCGACCCUGUGGUGGCUCUACCGCGAUGACCUGCUUCCCAAGCCCACCAAAUUCUGCGGCUAUGCGCGCUCCAAGCUCUCGGUCGCCAGCCUAAAGGCAGCCUGCCUGCAGUACAUGAAGGUGCAGCCCCACGAGCAGGCCAAGUACGAGGAAUUCUGGGCCCUCAAUGAGUACGUGGACGGUAGCUACGAUGGGCGAACUGGGUUCGAGCUGCUGAACCAGCAGCUGGAGCUGAUGGAGAACAAGAACAAGGCGAACCGCAUCUUCUACCUGGCCUUGCCGCCGAGCGUUUUCGAGGAGGUGACAGUCAACAUCAAGCAGAUCUGCAUGUCCGUCUACGGCUGGAACCGGGUGAUCGUCGAGAAACCCUUUGGACGCGACGACGCCUCGUCACAGGCGCUGAGCGACCAUCUGGCCGGGUUGUUCCAGGAGGAGCAACUGUACCGCAUCGAUCACUACCUGGGCAAGGAGAUGGUGCAGAAUCUGAUGACCAUUCGCUUUGGCAACAAGAUCCUCAGCUCGACGUGGAACCGAGAGAAUAUUGCCUCGGUGCUGAUCACAUUCAAGGAGCCGUUCGGCACCCAGGGCCGCGGUGGCUACUUCGACGAGUUCGGCAUCAUCCGCGACGUGAUGCAGAACCAUCUGCUCCAGAUCCUGUCGCUAGUGGCCAUGGAGAAGCCGGUCAGCUGCCAUCCGGACGACAUACGUGACGAGAAGGUCAAGGUGCUAAAGAGCAUCGAGGCCCUUACUGUCGACGACAUGGUGUUGGGCCAAUAUGUUGGCAAUCCCGAGGGCACCACUGAGGACGCGCGCACCGGUUACCUGGAAGACCCUACCGUAGACAAUAGCUCUACUACGCCCACGUACGCCCUCGGCGUAUUGAAGAUUAACAACGAGCGCUGGCAGGGCGUGCCCUUCAUCCUGCGCUGCGGCAAGGCGCUGAACGAGCGCAAGGCGGAGGUGCGCAUCCAGUACCAGGACGUGCCCGGCGACAUCUUCGAGGGCAGCACGAAGCGCAACGAGCUGGUCAUUCGCGUGCAGCCGGGAGAGGCACUGUACUUUAAGAUGAUGACCAAGAGUCCCGGCAUCACCUUCGACAUCGAGGAGACGGAGCUGGAUCUCACGUACGAGCACCGCUACAAGGACUCCUACCUGCCGGACGCCUACGAGCGGCUCAUCCUCGAUGUCUUUUGCGGCUCUCAGAUGCACUUUGUCCGCUCCGACGAGCUGCGCGAGGCGUGGCGCAUCUUCACACCCAUUCUGCACAAGAUCGAGCGCGAGCGCGUCCAGCCCAUCCCCUACCAGUACGGCUCCCGGGGGCCCAAGCAGGCCGAUCGCAAGUGCGAGGAGAACAACUUCAAGUACUCCGGCUCGUACAAAUGGCACGGCGGCAAGCCGACCACGUCCAAUCUCUGAUCCAUCCGGGACUGGUAUGGGGACUGUAAUUGGGUUAACACAGCAUGGACACGAGACACGGGACACUCUUCUCUGUUCUUACAUACAUAUCUCUAUGUAAUUUUUGGUUAUUUGUAAUAUUCUAUGGUUUGUACAAGAAUGUUUUUUAUUAAAUCUACAAAGUAGCGCUUAACUAAA